AUGGCCUGGGGAGACGAUGAGGAGCGCCGCUAUGGGGGCGAAGAGGAGGAGGAUGAGUUGGAUGAGAAUGACUACAAAACUCAAAAAGAUGCCGUACUGUUCGCCAUUGACGUGAGCGCGUCCAUGUUGCAGCCACCUCCGAGUAGCGACGACAAGAAGUCCGAUAAGGAUUCCGCCGUGGUUGCCGCCCUGAAAUGCGCCCAUCAAUUUAUGCAACAGCGUAUCAUUGCCCAACCAAAAGAUAUGAUGGGUAUCCUGCUGUUUGGGACUGAAAAGUCCAAAUUCCGCGACGACACUGGUAGUCGGAGUGGCUCUGGCUAUCCUCACUGCUACCUCUUCACUGAGCUCGAUGUCCCAGGAGCGGAGGAUGUCAAGAAAUUGAGAGAUUUGGUAGAGGAGGGAGAGGAUGCCGAUGAGGUGCUCGUUCCAUCCAAGGAACCGGUACUCAUGUCGAAUGUGCUCUUUUGUGCCAACCAGAUUUUCACGACCAAUGCUGCCAACUUCGGCUCGCGAAGACUGUUCAUCAUCACAGACAAUGAGAAUCCACACGGGAACGACAAACAGGCCAAGUCAUCGGCAGCUGUUCGUGCCAAGGAUCUCUAUGAUCUUGGUGUGACGAUUGAACUAUUCCCUGUCAGCCGGGCGAAGAAGCCCUUCGACCUCUCAAAAUUCUACGAUGAUAUCGUCUACCGCAGUUCGGUCGAGGAAGGGGACAACCCUGAAGGAGUCAAAACAUCAAGAUCGGGCGAUGGCCUGACUCUUCUCAACUCCUUGAUCUCCAAUAUCAACUCAAAACAAACACCAAAGCGAUCUUAUUUCUCCAGGAUGCCCUUUGAGCUUGCUCCAGGUCUUACGAUCACAGUCAAGGGCUACAUGCCACUCCACCAGCAAAAGCCCGCCCGCACCUGCUAUGUGUGGCUUGGUGGAGAACAAGCCCAACUAGCUCAAUCUGAAACUACCAAGGUUGAUUCCGAGGCCAGAACCGUUGAAAAGAGCGAAAUCAAAAAGGCCUACAAGUUUGGCGGCGAGUACAUUUACUUCACCCCCGAGGAAGCAAAGUCCUUGAAGGAACUCGACACCAAAGUUCUCCGCAUCAUCGGCUUCAAGCCACUGGCCAACAUCCCAAUGUGGGCCUCAGUCAAGAAGUCAACAUUCAUUUUCCCAAGCGAGGACGGUUACGUCGGUUCAACCCGUGUAUUUUCGGCUCUUUGGCAGAAGCUAUUGACUUCCAAGAAGGUCGGGAUCGCAUGGUACGUUGCUCGAAAGAAUGCCAAUCCUGUCAUGGUGGCUGUCAUUCCGUCGGGAAGCCUCAACGACGAGGACGAGGAUUCAACCGCACCAUAUCUCCCUGCAGGGCUCUGGCUUUAUCCCUUGCCCUUUGCAGACGAUAUCAGAAGCGUUGAAAUCAAGACCUCCACCAAGCCUGCGGAUGAGCUGACAGACAAGAUGAGAGAAAUCAUUCAGAACCUUCAACUGCCCAAGGCCACAUACAACCCUCUUAAAUACCCAAACCCUGCUUUGCAGUGGCACUACAAGAUUCUCCAGGCCAUGGCGCUUGAAGAGGAUGUUCCAGAUGCCCUGGAUGACUUGACUGUGCCAAAAUACCGGCAAAUUGACAAGCGGGUAGGUGCGUAUAUGGCCGAGUGGAAACAAGAGUUGGCGGACAAGGCGAAAGAGUUUAUGCAACUCCGAGCCACUAAACGCGAACUCGAAGAAGACGAUGCGGAAGAAAGACCACGACUGGCUAAGCGGCCAAAGACCGCAGCAGGCAGUGCUAGUUCUGGUGGUCAAAUGAGCAACGCAGAGCUCAAAGCUGCCUGGGAGAACGACACAUUGAAGAAGCUCACGGUGGCUGUACUCAAGGAUAUCUUGACAAGCAAAGGAAUCAGCACAACUGGAAAGAAGGUUGAUUUGUUGGAGAGACUCGAGCAAUGGAUCGAGGAGCAUGCGUGA